UGGGGCAUGGUCAUUUGAAGUUUGAAAGAUUCACGGAACAUUUGUUCGUGUGCUGUCUGCUGUUAAAUGGCUGUUAACUUUUGCCAUGAAUAUUUGGGAUCUCGGAUCUUGUGUAGUCAAGUGAUGGCUGAUAAUUACAAAAUUGAAAAUCUAAUAUCUGAUGAUCUCACCUCAAGAAAUCGAGGUUUUCUUGCUGACUCUUUUGUGCGCCCUCCAGUUGAUAUCAUACUUCAAUUUCCAUGUCCUGUCAAGAUAUGCUGCAUUUCGGUCAAUUCCAGAGUUGGUUCUCAACAAUCUACAGGAUGUGAGAUCUUCGUUCAAUGUGAACAAUCAGGUGGAUAUGAUGCAUUCAACUAUGGGAUUUUUAACCAGGUUGGGAAGUACUAUUGGGAUUGUGAUAAAAAGGGGGUCUACAUAGUUAGUGCUCUACAUUCUGCUUCAUGUAGAUCACUCCCUGCAGAAAAUUUUGCCAGGCAAGACAUAAACGGUCGAAUGAACAAGUCACUGUCGUCUGUCUGGAGCCUGCGAAUCAGAAUUGUUAAAACAUCUGGCUCUUCUAUACCAGCCCUUGGGAGCUUAUCUGUAUGGGGGUAUGUGGAUUACUCUUGCCCUGCUCCGCUAGCAAGAACUGUUCUAUCCAAGUGGUACGAUAACAACCAACCGAAAACUCUCUGCUCCCGUAAUAGGCCUGACGUGAUUGAUGCCCGCAAAAGUGGCACUAACACUAACACCGAGGCCAGUCAAAUUGCAGGUGCUGCGGCUGAAGAUGAUUUUGAAAUCCCCGAAGAAUUCCUUGAUGGCUUGACGUGCGAAAUAAUGUCCAUGCCAGUCCGUUUACCAUCUGGUAACGUCAUAGACGAGAGGACUUUGGAGCGUUUCGCUAAGCAAGAAGCGUCUUGGGGCAGACCGCCGAGCGACCCCUUUACUGCAAAGCCCAUCUCUGCUAGUCAUCGGCCCAUCUAUGAUACAGCUCUCAAAGCGCGCAUCGAUUCUUUUCUAUUGAAAGAAUCUCACCGACCGUGUCUGAAAAACUGUCCGCGAACAACGGGCCCGAUUCAGACUAGAUCAUCGGACACGCUUCUUCAGCUGGGUGACGUACCGAAAGCCGCAGACAAACGACCCAGCACAUCCGUACCGUCUGUUCCCGCACCUCCGCAACCAGCAGUCAUCGAUCCCUCAAGAAAAUGGCUAUCUAACGUGGCUUCGAGCCUACAACAUUUAACCGGAAGGCGUACCACCACCACCACCGUGCGAUCCAAAGGCCCGGCGAGCUCAUCUUCGGACGCUACUGGCGUCGUCGUCGUCAAACCAACGACAGCCAACAACAACACCUCGCCCUGCGUCUGCGGCUUCCAAGAUGUUCGACCGGUCUAUUCUUUGCCGUGUUCCCAUCGUAUCUGCCGAUCGUGUUUACUCGACAUGAAGGCCACCAAUUCUCUAUCCUGCCGCUGGUGCCAACUGCCCUUUGCUCUUCACGAGCCCGUCUUACAGCAUCGCAAUCCGUAGGAAAUUGUUUGCGCCCUCGACCGCUGCCCAGCUAUACGACAACAUUGGCAGGGGCCAAGAAAAAUCAACAAUAAAUACGGAAUGUCUACGGAUAUAAUUCAAGCGAAUCGCCAUCGCUCGUGCGUUUCCACUUCACUCACUUUUUCUCCUGACUCCUAUUUGAUUCGCCUUUUGGAAGUUGUUGAAGUUUGUUUUUCUUGUUCCUUUCGUGCUGGACGCAAUAAAACAUCAUCCGCUGCCA